GCUCUCGACUUCCUCAUUCGCACCCGUGCGUUGCUUCCUCUUUCACUCGUUGGCAUGACUCUUCCUCAAAAGGUGACAGCGGCGGCAGAAACAGCAACGCAAAGAAAAGUACUUUCUGGAAGCAGAACCUAAACCUUACCAGAAACCCAACCCGGAAAAGAAGCAACGACGGAUAGAGAGGUUAAAGCUACGGCCUUUUUCGAUGUGCUGUCCUGCCGAGACGAGAGUAGAGGAGUUCAUGGCUGGGAUCGUGCGGCAAUUGUGUGUAUUUCUCCGAUGUGUGCGAAUGUAGGGUAUGUGUGUGGGUGCACCUGCACACGGGUGGGUGGGUGUGAUAAAGACACCGAAAUAGCAAGAAAGUGAGAGAAAGAGAGAGAGAGAGAGUUGGAGAGUGCGUGUGUAUGUGUGUAUGCGCCUGUGUGUGUGCUAUCCACCAUGUCAGGAGACUCGGGCACCCUAUCCUGGAAGAGCACCUCCUCGGCCACCAGCCGGUCCAACUCCCUGGAAGGCUCCCCAGUCGGCAGUGCCCCCCCACACAGGGACGGAGGCCUGGCCCCCUUAACCCCCAAGAUCGUCAAAGUGUGCUUCUUCGGCCAAGGGUCCAACCUGGGAUCCAACUUCAAGCUGGUGCGCUGCGAAGAGGGGUGGACCAUCAGGUCCAUCAUCAGCGCGGUGCUGAACAGCGGCUGCGUGGGGCCGGACAUCAGGUACCCGCUGUGCUACGGGCUGCUGCUCCGCCACCUCAAGUCCGCCGCGGAGCACUGGCUGCACCCGGGCCUCAGCAUCCCCGAGCUCAUGCACAGCUACGAGCGGCAGCACCUGGAAGCCGAGUGGAGAUACGAUUUGAGAAUAAGAUACAUCCCUCAAGACUUCCUUGAGAAAUUCAAGGAAGACAGAUCAUCAAUGCUCUACCUUUACCAGCAGGUGCGCAGCGACUACAUGCAUCACUAUGCCACCAAAGUCAGCGAUGGCAUGGCACUGCAGCUAGGCUGCCUGGAAAUAAGACGCUUCUGCAAAGACCUGAGCCUCAACGCACUUGAGAAGAAAUCGAAUAUUGAACUUUUAGAGAAAGACAUUGGGCUGGACGUGUUCUUCCCCAGAGAAUUGAUUGUCAGCAUGAAGCCCAAGCAGCUUCGUAAGAUGAUCCAGCAGACCUUCCAGGGCUACUACACCCUGACGGAGGAACUCUGCAUCGCACGCUUCUUCACCACACUGGCUCAGUGCUACUCCUUCACCCAGGAGAGCUUCCCGUGCCAGCUGGUGCAAGGUUGGAGUCUUUCAAUUGAACUGGUGAUCAGCCCAGACGGCAUCAGCCAAAGAGCAGACAAGGAGUCACUGCCCGUCCUGCUGGCCAGCUUCGGCCAGGUCCGCAGCAUCCAAUGCUCCAAGGAGAGCGACGGCCGCGCCAUGUUGAACGUCCACAUGGAGGGUGCCGGCCAGCCCCUGUCAGUCAACAUCUCUUCCAUGGCCAUGGCUGAAAACAUGGCCGACAUCAUCGACGGCUACUGGCGCCUACAGACUAACUCAGAACACUCCCUCAUCGUCAGGCCCAACAAAGGAAGAGAAACAUUCGCACUGCCUGACAUCCCUAAGGGUGAAUCUCCAGUUCGGCCUUGUACAGACAAUCGAGUCGGUUCUGAUAUCUAUGAUGAGAUUCCUGAUGAAGCAAGGUCUCGGGACCGUAAACAGAGUCUGGACAGAGAUGACAUCGUUCUUGGGCGAAUACUUGGCGAGGGUUUCUUUGGAGAGGUGCAUGAUGGGAUUUAUAAAGACCCUACAGGGGAGAGGAUACGAGUGGCGGUAAAAACAUGCAAGGACUGCUCGGCUGACGUGAAAGAGAAGUUCCUCAGUGAAGCCGUGCUGAUGAAGACCCUGAACCACCAGCACAUCGUGCGUCUGGUGGGGGUGAUCGAGUGGGACCCCGUCUGGAUCGUCAUGGAGCUGUACGAGCACGGGGAGCUGGGCUCCUACCUGGUGCAGCAUCAGCGCAGCCUCACCCCAGCCACCCUCAGCCUGUACUGCGUCCAGGUGUGCAAGGCCAUGGCCUACCUGGAGGGGCUCAACAUGGUGCACAGAGACAUAGCGGUGCGGAAUGUGUUGGUGGCGUCCCCAGACUGCGUCAAGCUGGGGGACUUUGGUCUGUCUCGCUUCAUCGAAGAAGAGGACUACUACAAAGCCUCACUCACUCGAUUGCCGAUCAAGUGGAUGGCCCCCGAAUCAAUCAACUUCAGACGCUUCACCACAGCUAGCGAUGUCUGGAUGUUUGGCGUCUUUGUGUGGGAGGUGCUCUCCCUGGGCCAGCAGCCCUUCUUCUGGAUGGAGAACGGACAGGUGAUCAACCACCUGGAGGCCGGCACCCGCCUGCCCAAGCCGGACCUCUGCCCCCCGCCCCUCUACAGCCUGCUGGGCCGCUGCUGGGCCUACCAGCCCGCCGCCCGGCCCAAGUUCAGCCAGCUGGUCUGCACCCUGAGCGACAUCCAAAGAGACGAGGUAGAACUGGAGUCCAGCAGGAAGCUCAGCAGAACGCACUCUCUGCCCCGCUUCAGCAGCCUGAACGGCUCCGCACCCCCACCUAAGCCUUCCAGGUUACAUGGAAACACCCUUCGUCCAAGCAAAGAGGGGAGCGUGCACGAGGACAGCAGGUCUCCGUGGGAGAGGGAGAGGGAGAGUGUUGAGGACACCCUGUGGAGACAGAAACAGGACAUGCUGAGAGACAGAGAGUGGCUGGAGCAAGAGGAGAGACAGCUGCCCCCCGAGACGAGAUCUGGAUCAGGUUCUCCAUCAGGUGCUCAUUCAGGUCCUCAUUCAGGUUCUCCAUCAGGUCCUCUAUCAAGUCCUCUGUCAGGUCCUCCAUCAAGUCCUCUCCCAGGUCCUCAUUCAGGUCCUCCCUCAGGUCCACAUUCAAGUCCUCCAGAGAAGCCGCCCAUGGAUGCCUCAGUGAAACAGCCCUUACCCACAGCAGAGAUGGACAGGUCAGGUGACCAGGUGUACAGCAGCGUCAUGGAGAUGGUGAAGGAAGUGGUCCGCCUGAAGAACGACGUCAAAACACUGUCUGCCUCCGAGUAUCCAACCGCUGUGAAGGCGGUGGGGGUCAACCUGCGUACCCUGAUCCAGAGUGUGGAUGAGAUCCUCCCAACCCUGCACAGCUCCGUCAGGAACGAGAUCAAGGGGACCGAGCGCCUGCUCAACAAGGACCUCGGCGAGCUGAUCAGCAAGAUGAGGCUGGCCCAGCAGAACGCCGUGACCUCUCUGCGGCAGGACUGCCAGCGCCAGAUGCUGGCCGCCGCCCACACGCUGGCCGUGGACUCCAAGAGCCUGCUGGACGCCGUGGACCAGGCGCGGGUCAGGGCCAACCUGGCCCGGCCCGCCGCCGCCGCCGCAGCCGCUGCCACGGCCCCGGCCGACGGCGCCACGGCCAGGCCCGACUCGGAGUCGGGCCUGGACUCGGACCUUGAGGCCUGAGAGGGGUUUUCAAAAGGAAGUCGCAGGGGGAGACUUCACGCGGCGGGACUGUUGUCAGGGGAUACAGCUUUAUCAAAGUUAAAGCCCUGAUGGAGAGCAUGGGGAGGGGAUAGUCAGGCCAAAUCAGACGAUCUCUGCCAUUGUCUCUCCCUCCGUGAAGCCCCCUUCCAUAGGCUCCUCCCCCCCCCCCCACCACCACGC